AUGGCAAUGCUCGGGAAACUCGUGCACUACGGCGUCGACGCAGUCCUCCUUUCGACCGUCCUCGCGGGCAUUCGUCGCUCAAGCGGUUUUACUGUGAACCCUACUACGGUCCCCGAGGGCACCCCACGAUCUAUAUUCGAGAAGUACCUCUCCGUCGGGGAGAGCGUAUUCGACAUGGCACAAGCGACCGUCGUUAACAGCCCAUACUUCAAGAGGACAUGA